AUGGUAGAGUCAUUGCAAGUACCAAAUUAACUAGAAUAAGAAAUGAAUUAACUCUUUCUUACUGAGUGGGAGUAAAAACUUAAAGACUCAGGUUUAUUUACCGAUUCUGAGAAUCACAUAAUAGUUAACUCCUAAAAUUUGCCAAUCAUAAUAGGAGUCAUUGAUUUGCAAGAAGUUGUUUAAGUUGGAGAGGCAUAGACUCUUCUGACAUUUUAUGAGAACAGUUAAGCAAGAUUCGAUGUUUUCUAUAAAGACCUUAUCAAACUAAUGAAUCAAAUCGCAGAUUAGGAUUACUAGAAAAUAGUUGGAGCGUAUGCUACUCCUGCAGAGAGAAUUAUCAAGACACUUUUGCUUAUUAAAGACACAUAUCUUAGAGAUCAAGAGGCUAAUGACAGUGAAGAAAUUCUUAGGGAGAUUAACUUUGCUAUUAAUAACAUAGCUGAGAGGAGAAUUUAUCAGACCUCAGCUCUGCAAUAAUUUGAUAUUAACAUUCCUCUUCCCGAAAACAUGAAAAAAAAUAGCCAGAUUAUUGAGGGAUGGCUAAAUGAGUACUCGGAUGCAAACCACGAAAGCAGCAGUUCCUCCUCCUUAAGAGCUGCCAAAUUAUAAGGUUUGAGCAGGCAUUCUUCUAGUAGUAGUGUGGCAGAUCAAAGCUCCUCUGGUUAAACUACCUCUAAAGAAAUGAUUAAAAACUUUAGAAGGAGAUCAACCAUAAGAUCUCUAGUCUCAGACUAUGAGAAAUUAGAGAGCUAACUAAAAGAUAUUGAUAAUAGAUCAUUUAACAUCUUUUAGUUUACCUCCUAAAUAGGAAGACAUCUUGUAUUGCCAAUCCUAGGGCUACAUCUUUUCAUUUAGCAUCAUCUAGAUGUUUACAUUAAUGAAAGAAAGCUAGCUAUGUUCUUUGAAGAUGUGGUAAGAACAUAUAGGAGGGAUGUUUAGUAUCACAAUGAUUUGCAUGGUAUAGAUGCAGCUCAUAUGGCGAAUCUUUUCCUAUUAUAGGGAGGACUGAUUCAAUUAGCAGAGUUAGAGCAUAUUGAUAUCAUGGCUUUUUUAACUGCAGCUAUAUGCCAUGACCUAGGCCAUGAUGGAUUUACUAACGGAUAUCAUGUUAAUGCUUUCACUGACAGAGCCAUUAGGUACAAUGAUGUCAGUGUUCAAGAAAAUUAUCAUGUGGCUGAGACAUUUGCUAUUAUUAAGAAGGAUGAAACAAACUUUUUGGAGUAACUGACAGCAGAUGAGAUGAAAGUGUUUAGAAAGAGAGUUAUAGGUUGUAUCCUAGCAACAGACAUGGCAAAGCACGCAGCAGAUCUUUCAGGUCUUAAGGGUUUAGUUGAUGCUAAAUAAAUCAAAGCAGGAGAAAAUGCCUUCCUAGUAAUUAACAAGGAGAAUGAAGCAGCUAUUUUUAAGAGUCAACAGUUUAUUCUUGAAUGCUGCUUACAUGCUUGUGAUGUGUCAUAACCAACUAGACCUUUUGAAGUUGUUAAGGAGUGGACCUACUUACUUUUUGAGGAGUUCUUCAACCAAGGAGAUUUAGAAAAAGAUCAAGGACUUCCGAUAUCAUUCCUUUGUAACAGAGAAACUACCAUUGUGCCUAAAAUGCAGCCAGGAUUUAUCAACGGAAUUACACUUCCCCUUUGGGAUACAAUUGCCAUUAUUAUGCCUAAUAUGAAGGAAUUUGUUGAUGAAGCCAAGGCUAAUGUAACUAAGUGGGAUAACUAUGAGGAAACUGAGGAAGAUAAGAAAGUUUAUAACAAGUGA